GCUUCGCCCUCUCCUCUUUCAUUUGCGCUCAAUCUUCUUUUCGUUCCUGGGACUUCUCCAAUCCCGUCGAAUUCGUCGAUUUCGGUGUAUUUCUUGUCACUUUUUAGCUUCCUGUUGAACUCACCGCUCGGGGCUAGAUUUUAGUUGACUGCGCAAUUUUACAGGAGCUCGUAUCUAAAGGAAUUCCUGUGGUGAUCCAUUUCCUACUAGGAAUGUUUCCGAGGCCAGUCGGCGAGUUGCUUGCUGGUUCAAGCAAAUUCGCCGUGAUCUUCACGGCUUUCCAAAUAUGCCCCACCCCUUGUCCCCAUCGAUUUCCACGACGAAGGUCUCGAAUCGCAUCAGAGACGACGGCAUGGCGACAUGAACAGCCGUGCUCGAUGCUUGAGGUUCUGUCUGGCCAAGCCCAAAUGACGACAGGAAACUGCCGACAGGAAAGCACUUCCCAACAACUAAAGCCUAGCGUCGAGUGAUUAUGCUACGGGUCUACGUGAAGGAGGAGGAAAGGGAAGAGGAGGAGGAGGAGAGGAUUGAUUGAUUUGACUGUCGGACCCCGUGCUCGGGGUACACGCGCCGAGGUCGCGGAUGCUUCUUUGUGGAGACCCGAACCAUGGUUCUUUACCGUUUCCCAUUGAAUGGUUCGUCAGACACCGCCCCUUUCGUUCCUCCAUGGGCACCCUGUCUACGAUUGCCUGUCGAGAUUUCGCGCCCUAUGCUUCUUUCAUGACGAAGGACUGUUACGAGGCCCAACUCAUUCUGACGUUCGUCGCAUAAGACUGAAUCUCAACGGCAGCCAGCAGGAAGUGACAUCUUGGCAUAAAGGAGAGGUCAUUAAGAAGAGGAAGGUUCUGUGAUAAUUCAAACUUUAUUCUAAUCUGCCUUUUACUGGUGUUGGUAUGAGUUCCCUAUCAUUCCUCUGGGUCAUUGUUUACGAUGAUUUUUAAUCAUUGGUUCAUGAUCAUUGAUGUACAGGAAUCUGCAAGAUGUUUGUGGAGUCUUGGUUUG